GGCGGGGCGUCGCAGAGCGCAGCCCGGCCGGAUGUGAGCGGAGCGGCCGCUUCCUGUUUCCUCGCAGUCCUCCCUCUCCCCGCCUUGGGUGGUGGCCGCUGCCUCGUCCCCGCUCCCCGGCACAGGGCGGAGGCGGCCGCCGGCUCCUUUCUCGUGCGGCGCUCCCCGCCCGCUCCGCAGCAGCCCCCGCCGCCGCGGCGCAGCCCCGAUGCAGGCCAUCAAGUGUGUGGUGGUGGGCGACGGUGCUGUAGGUAAAACAUGCCUACUCAUCAGUUACACAACCAAUGCAUUUCCUGGAGAAUAUAUACCCACUGUUUUUGACAACUACUCUGCCAAUGUAAUGGUUGAUGGAAAACCAGUCAAUCUGGGUUUGUGGGAUACAGCUGGUCAAGAGGACUAUGACAGACUACGUCCACUCUCUUAUCCGCAAACAGUUGGAGGAACCAAUGGUAAGAAUAUAUCUUCCAGUCUGACAGAUCAACCCAUUGCCGAUGUCUUCUUAAUCUGCUUUUCCCUUGUGAGUCCCGCUUCCUUUGAAAAUGUCCGUGCUAAGUGGUAUCCUGAGGUGCGGCACCAUUGCCCCAAUACCCCCAUCAUCUUAGUGGGCACCAAACUCGAUCUCCGGGAUGACAAGGACACUAUUGAAAAACUGAAGGAGAAGAAGCUGACUCCUAUCACCUACCCCCAGGGCCUUGCCAUGGCAAAAGAGAUCGGUGCAGUGAAAUAUCUAGAAUGCUCAGCACUUACACAGCGAGGCCUGAAGACAGUGUUUGAUGAAGCAAUCCGAGCAGUUCUUUGCCCCCCUCCUGUAAAGAAGAGGAAGAGAAAAUGCCUGCUGCUGUAAAUGUCACCCUCCCCCACCCCACUCCAAACCCUGUGCUUUGCUCGGAACAAUGGAGCAUUCACACUCAAUGCCAAGUUUUUCUGUUAUAAAUUAGUUCUCUUCCAGAAAUUCUUGAACCGAUCAAGUUUCAUGGUUUAAUUUGUUAAAAGUAUGAAAGUUACCUUGCAUUCUUCAAAAGCAAACUCCUGAAAAGACAAACCUAUGUAAAGCCUUAUUUUUAAAAUCCUAUUCUUGCUCAAUUAAGUGUUGCCAAACUCUCUGCUGAACUAAGUUGCAUUGUUGUGCUACAAACACUAAGCACUAAACUGUUUUUUAAAGAUUCUUCUUGAAGAUGACUCUAAUUUCUGUUAGGAAAUGCAAAAACACUUUCUAGUUUUUCACAGUAAGUAACAGUACCUUACGAUUCGCAAAACACUGCUCUCUAAUGUGUUUUACUAUUACAUGUUUCUUCGGCCCAGUCAUUGCCUGGCAUGGUGUUAUCAAACCUAAAUCGUUGACAAUGACUGACACCCUUGAGUCACAGUGUAAAAUGCUUUGUUGUUGGUAAGGGCUUGGUUGCAAUCUAGUUCUUGCUGCUGUGAUUUAAAAAAACAACUAACCAUUCUUCCUGACGCGUGUCUGGUUCUUUGGACAGCACAGUGUUGUGAUGGAUAAGUGAAAUCCAGGGUUGGAUCAAACGAUAGUGCCAGAGGGUGUUUGGACACUGUACGGAUGACUGACACUACACUGCAGGGUAGCUGAAACGGAAUUCUGGUACAGGUGAAAUGCGGGACCGCUUCCUCUGAGGGGCAGCAGUGCAAGAGGUUGGUGCUGAGGGGUAAAUCCCUUUGAGCGUCACGUAGGGCAUUCAUUUAGGUACAGUUCUGAACCGGUCAUUCCCACAACUGUUGCGUAGUAAAUGCUUUCCUUGUAGAAUCUCUUCUUAUUGAGAAGUAUAACGUCUACUUUAAAAUCUUUCUAAUAGGAAUUUGCUCUUUUUUUUUGUAGAGUAGAAUUUUCAUGCAUAUCCUCCUUAUUUUCCUGGUAUUUCUGACCUAGUAAGUUAUACGCUUUCUGAGGAGCUUUUAGUCUAUUAACUAGGUGUAAAAAUCAUGUGGAACAGCUUUACACAUCUUAGUGAUUUUUAUAUUUUAAACCUCUGUAAACUCUGGACCUUCUCCAAUGUCCCUGUUUGCCAGAUCCCCCCCACCGCUGUAACAUUACUAAUGCAGACAAGUGUUCUUUUGUCACCACGUGUACGUGUGCAGCAUAGACAGAGUAACGGUAACUUGGGUCUGUGAGGUCCUGUAAUUAGUGCUAAUGUUCUGUCCAUCCUGAGCUGGCAGGAAUAUGAUGUUGAACUAUACCCUUUCAACCACUAAAGCAAAAUUUAAAAAUUAAAAGUUGC